UCGUAAACAAUCAUUAUCAGCUGUCAACAAAUAAGUCAAUGUGCUCAAGAUUUUGACUGCAUUAUUUCGUUUUAUUUUCCGGGAAUAGUUUUCAAAAUUGUUAAAAUUUUAGUAAUUUCUAUUGCGCAAAGCAAUGACUUUUGAACAGACAAUACAACACACAAUCGACGGUGACGUCUGUCGACUACAGAUUGCGCUAGUGGAAAAUAGGCAUGCUGAAGCCGGUGAUGGCGAUGGCGGCGGCAAAGAAACAAGCACGCCAAAUCGACGCAAUUGUGACAUCUUCGUGGAGGAUCACAAUUUCUAUAUUUAUGCAGAUACACGGCUUUACCGGUUCAACUUGUCGGAGCGCCAAUUCGAUACCAAAGACAUGAAAAAUUUUGUUAUCAAUUUUAAUACCAAAACAAAUAGUUACGAAGUAGAUUUGCCCUGCUUACCGCGUACAAAUGAGGAGCAAAAAAUGUUACCAGAAAAGAGUGAUGCGGAGAAAAAGUGCAGAGAUGGCGCAACGCCAUCAACUAUUGAACUGUGGAAACUGAAACGCAUUACCGACAACUGUCUGCUGCGUUUGGAUAAAAGUGUUGAACUUUCAAAAUUCAUAGCUGACUUUGGUUAUGGUUUUGCAGGGAGAUUUAAAGGCGAUAUCACGGGCGUUGAUGACAGAUCUGCUAUCGCGCAAAUGCCAGAACCCGGCACAGUUAGUCCACUCCAACGCAGUAUUGACCGCGAAAUCGAUGAACUGAAAAAUUUCUCACGUGAUCAGUAUAAAUUGAAUUUCGUUGAGUUGCAGGUACCCGAAGGUCAUGAGAACCCAAUGAAAUACACCUAUAAUUUUGAAGAUGUUACGCUGACACGCGACGAGGAAUGCCUGCUGCACAAUUUGACACGCAAGUCACAAGAAUCCUUGUUAUCUUGCAACUACGAACAGUCGGACGUGGAUUGUGGUCUGAUAUGCAUAUUAUUAGCAAUUUGCUAUGAUAUACGCACCACAUCGAAUGAGCCGACUUGCGAAAGCCCCUGGACCCGCAGCAUUCUCACCGCGACGCUUAGUUACUUUGAGCCGUUCGAAAACAUUAAAGAUGUUGUUAUUAGCUUCUUACGCCGCUCACUGAUUUAUCCACUCUAUCGCAAUUAUGACUUAGGGCGCCUGUGUUUGCAAGAUGCCAUUGAUGGUUUGAAGAAAAAUCCCGCAUGGGUAUUAAAACAGUUGUUGCAAACACAUGCGAUUUUCGCCAGCAGCGAUUGUCAACAGAUUUUCAAUCAAUAUUACAUUGAAGAUUAUAUACGUUAUGUUGCCGAUAGUAAUCGUUGUGGUGCCACGCAUUUGCGUCUCUUAGCACGCAAUCUGAAAAAUGUACUGCUUGAUGUAUCGAAGAAGCAUUUACGUUUGGAAUUGGGAGAAAUCGAGACUGAGUUGUUGAAGGAAUUGAUCACGGACAUACAUUUGGGUAAUAGCUCAACUAGCGAGGACGAUGAUACGGAUGAAGAUAUUGACGAUGUUGAGGGUGAUGAUGCAAAUGAUGAGAGCGGCACGGAAAGUGGCGAAGAUGCCACAGACUCCUCAUCGACUACGGCGUCAUCGUCUUCCAGUAGUGAUACCGAACAGAAUAGUGUAAUCGAACAAUGCAAGGAGGUUGUGAAUGUUGCAAAAAAUUAAAAUUUUCAAUUACAUAUUUGUAAAUGUGCUUUUAUAAAAAAAAAAAUAUUUGUUAUACGUACACAUAUGCAUAUGCAAGAGCUCAGUAUAACUGUACAUUAUGAAAAAAUGUAUGUUUUUGGUUUUUAUAGACGAUAAGUGCUGCUUGCAAACCAAUUUGACAUUUCCAUAAUGCAUUUUAAUAAAUAUUUACUUGCAUUCCGAAUGUA